CGAGGCUGCGGCUUUGUGGGCGGAGUUUUGAGAGACGAGAGAAAGAGUGAAUUAGACUUGAUAUUUCUCUGAACUGGUCUCUGUGACUGAACCGGACUUGUUUUUUCACAGUAUUGCCAUUAUGGAGCCCAGACAACAGGGUUUGUUGGAUAACGAAGCUCUAAAGGAAGUGGACGAGGACAUGGUGUCAGAAGUGGAUCUCAAUAACAUGAUCACAGAUGAGGAGCGAGAAGAAAUGCAGAAUGAACUGACUAAGUUAGAGGAAGAAAUAGCAACUUUGAAACAAGUCCUUGACUCCAAAGAAAAGCGCCACUCGGAUUUAAAAGAGAAAUUGGGAAUCACGCCUCUUGGUGAACUACGACACAAUUUUAGCAAGAACUGGAAUGACGUGCAGUCCAGCACGGCAUACAAAAAGACCUCUGAGACUCUAUCCACAGCAGGGCAGAAAACCACAGUGGCCUUCAGUAACCUGGGCACAGCCAUCAGCAGGAAGUUUGGGGACAUGAGGAACUCUCCAAGUUUCAAGUCCUUCGAGGAGAAAGUUGAAACCACAGUUUCAAGCAUCAAGUCAAAGGUCGGAGGAACAGGGGGUGCGGGCAGUUUUGAGGAGGUGCUAUCAUCAGCAGCCAACGCCAGCGCCCAGAAUACUCCUUCAAACAAUGUAACAGAGAGCAGUGAGAACACAUGCUAAAAGUGUUAACAGUCCACAUGGUAACAGGCGGAACUCUCAUGCCCCCUAUUGGAGACCAAUGUGCAAUUUUUUACCUCUCAGACAUUAUACAUGCAUAUUCGUCAGAAUAUUUCCUUACUUUUUUACAGAAGGAAAACAAAUAGAUCUUAUUUGACUCUUACUGCAUAUAUGUGUAUGUUUUUCCAUAAAAAUGUCCUUUUAUGUAGCCCUGUAUUACUCUUAUCAUUGCUUUUAAACUAACUUAACAUUCACUGUUACAUUUACAGGGCAAAAAUAAUGUCUGCACGUUCAAUCCUAAGGAACUAAAAGAAUAUUUAAUAAACUUGAUGUCAGUUCUUCCAUUUGCAUAAAUUACAUGUCAUGUGUUCUAUUCCCCCAUGCUGAUGAUUCCCAAAUUGUUACGUUUUACUCUUAACUUAAAUGUAGGCCUAUAUGUCCUAAACUGUAUUGGCAACAAGUCAUGAUCAAAAAUGCAUUGACUGUUUCAGGGGCAACAACAUUAAACAAACGUUAUGUGAUCCUAACUUAACUUUCGGUAGACCUCCUCAAAGAAUCAAUAACUGUCGAGUAGUUUAAUUUAAUACAUACAAUUAACAUACAUUAAAGUAUUUAUAUUAAUUAAUAUUAUAAAUGAAUUAUAAAAUAAAUGGUAACAUGAACACAGACCAGAAGUUAAGGAGUGCAUCCUAUACAUUUUCCUCAACACCUUGUUUUGACUUUCCUAUAAUGUGUAAGGACAUUUCGCAAGUUGAUGUGUUUUGUAAAUAUAGUUUGUGUUCUUUACUCAAAACAAUUCAAACUUAAUUUGUGGAAAUGAUUCAACAUACUGUGGUUGUUUUGUUGGUUAUAUUGCUUUAAAUAUAAAAUUUCUAAAUCA